AUGGACUGCGCCUUUGUGGCCUCAAGUCCACAUGUGUAUGCCAUCGAUGUGGCUUAUCAACAGGUCCCCGCUGGGAAAGAGAACGUUCAUCUGCCAGCCUUUGAUUCGUUCGAACAGACUCAGUUAAUUAUAAGUCAUCCCCCAUUGAACUCUACCUUAUCUUCUUCUUUAACCUCCAUUGAUGUCCAGCAUUUAUCCCCUUCAUCUUCGUCAACGGCGUCGUCGUCUCAAUCGCAAUGUCGAUGUAUCAUCGACAUCUCCAAUCCUACAAGCCUGGAACGGGAUUUCUAUGCUUGGCUUCAGGUAAUACUUAUGAUGAUCCCAUCGCUUAAUUCGUCUAACUUUUCAACCUUAAGCUCUUAAAAUUAUCCACCAUUUGUUCUUCUCUGUUCAUAAAAUUAUGUAAUUUUUUUUAAAUCUUAGGGCAACGAAUCUCAGCUAAGUCGGAAUACACCUUGCAUAUUCCAAAACGCUCCAUCAGAUAUCGAUUUAUUCGAAAGUUUAUCACCAGGGACUUCACAUUGUUCGGAAGCCUCUUCAUCGAAUCAAGAGAUCUCAGUUGGGAAACAAAAAAAUAGAAGGAAAAGGAAUGUUGACAAAGGUAAGGAUGCGAAUAUUCUAAAAUUACCCGUUACAGGACGAGGAACUAACCUCUACGGAAGGCCAUACUGUCCCGGACGACCGCUCAGUAUGGAUGAACGAUAUCAGAUCAUCCAACUCUUCCAAGCUGGCAUGAAGGUCAACGCGAUCUCCAAACAACUCUGCAUAUCUCAUGGAUGCGUCUCGAAAAUCAUAACCAGGUAUCCAUUAACAACAUCGCCGCAUAGAUUUACUUCUCUUCCUCCUUACACAUACUUGAAUUUAGAUUCCGAGAUACAGGCCUUUUGAUUCCCUCUUCCCAUGCAGAAUGUCGACGACGGAAACGACUCCAGAUGGAAGCCAAUGAACAGAUGAGCUGA